AUGAGGAAAGUAAAUCGGUUUGUUGACGGACUGAAAAGGGAGCUUAGGAGGCUUGUUGGAAUGUCAAAACCUACUACCUUUCAAGAUGCGGUAGAACUAGCCACCCUUGCUGAGAAGGACAGUUAUGUCCUAGAUGCAUCUAAGAAAAGGUAUGGCAAGAGGGUUUGCUUUACUUGUGGAAAGCCGGAGCACAUGUCAAAAGAAUGCAAGGCUAGACCUAUCUGCUACUCGUGUGGUGAUCCCGGACAUCGCCAAAGGGAAUGCCCCAAGAAGAAAAUAGAGCCACCGAGGUUGCUCGGAGGAUCGAGUGGGAAGAAGCCGGAUGCACCAAAGGUGAAGGGUCGAGUCUUUCAGAUGACGGCGGAAGAAGCAAAGGACACACCCGAUGUAGUGACAGAGGUCGAAACUGCUGAUGGUAACAUCACCAUGGUGCGGGAGUGUUUUGAUAACUGCACAAUAGAAAUUGAGGGUCAAGACUUUGAGGUCCACUUAUUACCUAUGGGCAUUAGGGAAUUCGAUGUUGUCGUAGGAAUGGACUGGUUGUCUAAACAUCAGGCUCACAUUAUUUGCUUCAAGAAACUAAUUCGAGUGAGAAAUAAGGAUGGGAGUGAGAUCACUGUGUACGGUAGUCGGCCUGGCAACCAUGUUAACCUCAUAUCAGUAAUCAAAGCUAGGAGAUGUAUUCGUAAAGGAUGUGAGACGUACUUAGCUUACGCCAUAGAUGCUAAAAUAGAAAAGGGAGCUAUAGAAGAGGUCCCGGUGGUUCGGGAAUUCCCUGAUGUGUUCCCUGACGACCUACCAGGGGUACCUCCUGAAAGACAGGUCGAAUUUAGGAUCGAAUUAACACCCGGAGCCACACUGAUUGCUAAGUCACCAUACCGACUAGCACCUUCGGAGAUGCAAGAACUAAUGACCCAAAUCCAGGAAUUGUUGGAUAAAGGGUUCAUCCGACCGAGUUCGUCCCCAUGGGGAGCACUAGUGCUAUUUGUGAAAAAGAAAGAUGGAUCAAUGCGUAUGUGCAUCGACUAUAAGGAGUUGAAUAAGGCGACAAUAAAGAAUAGAUACCCACUACCUCGAAUAGACGACUUAUUCGAUCAACUACAAGGAGCAAGUUACUUCUCAAAGAUCGACCUACGUUCAGGCUACCACCAGUUGCGAGUACGUGAAAAAGAUGUCCCAAAGACGGCGUUUAGAACUCGUUAUGGGCACUUCGAGUUUGUGGUCAUGCCUUUCGGUUUAACAGAUGCCCCCGCGGUAUUCAUGGACUUGAUGAAUCGAAUAUGCAAGCCCUACUUAGACAACUUUAUCAUCGUCUUCAUUGAUGACAUUCUCAUAUACUCAAGUAACAAAGAAGAGCAUGAGCGUCACCUACGUACCGUAAUGGAGUUACUAAGAAAAGAGAAGUUGUACGCCAAGUUCUCCAAAUGCGAGUUUUGGAUCCGGAAAGUACAAUUUCUCGGACACAUGAUCAACCAAAAGGGUAUCAUGGUCGACCCAAGCAAGGUAGAAGCAGUGAUGAAAUAG